AAAAAUGCCCAAAAAGGCGCCAACUCCUCUUGUUUCUUUACAAGUUGCUCAACGAGCGUUGAACUCUUUCGGACAUACUGUACAGAAAGCACCAUUCUUGCCACCUCCUGAUGAAUGUGAAUGCAACCAAUCACUGCAAAUACUUGCCAAAUAUUUGGAGGACGUGAAUAGGCUUCGAGCGAACGAAGAUAAGAAAUUUUCCUUGUUGCGCUUCCACAGAAACCGAACAGAGUACAAGGAAGAAGAAGAGAAAUUCUGUUUUUCUAUCGUCCGUUCUUUAGUAUAUGCGUACAAACAAUUGAAAAGUUCACCCAGAUUAGUGGGACUCGUCUCGAAAGUGUUGCAGACCUCGGGUUUAGCACUUUUCGUUUUAGAGCCUGAACGAAGAAAUUGUGUAAUGACAGUAUUCCAACACGCAGCUUCCCUUUCCACCAAGAGACAAUGGAAAACUUUGCUCAGUACACUUUGCGAAACCGCUGUCUCAGUAACUGGUAUAGUUGGUGAUUGGAUUGCUACAGAAAUUCUAAGAGCAGCUUUUGAAGUCACGGCGUCGUCAAACUGGGCUCUGAGAGAACAUCUUUAUAUUGCUGCACUGGUGGAAGGAACUUUAAAUGCACUGAAGCAAAACAGCCUGAAAGUUUCCUUUUUGGAGCAACUGGUAUCUGAUACAAGAACUUCGCUAGAAAGACGCAGCGAUAUGCAGAGUAGAAGCUUAGGCUUUAUGAUACUGGCCGGUGUCAUAAGAGCCUGGAAUCCCGAGGAUGCUUUCAACGACAGCUAUCGUACAGUACAUAAUCUUUUCAAGCAGGAGAUAGAACGUGCUACGCAGGAUAGUAUUUACAGUGCCAAUAUAACUUGUGAACAGGACUUUGGUAUUAUUCUGUAUACAGUGACAGUGUCUUGUGGAAUUGCUGCCAGUUGCAAGCGAAUCGACUCCUUGUCUUCUACCAUUUUCAUACUGGCACAUUGCCUAGACUAUUUAUCUGCACCUUUUUUACGAAGACAAAAAUUUUUCCAACCUCUUGAUGAAGAUUCUUGGAACAUUCUUUGCUACCAUUCCACCUCGUUCGGAUAUGCAGCUGCAGAAUUACUUAUUCGCAACCCCAAACAGCAUAUUACUUCAUUCUUUCACAAUAAGUUAUUAAAUACUUGCCAAGAAGUUUUCAAUUCUUGUAAAAGUUGGCCAGUUUCCCAAGAUAGCUUAGUAGAAUAUGCAAGGAUGGCCGUUUUGGGUAUAUGGAGGAUGGUUUCCUCCUUUUCUAAUCAUAUUUUUGAAACAGUGGAAGAACUUUACCGUUCCAAAAAUCUCUCUACAAUACAUGAUGGUGUCAAUCUGAUUUCCAUAUUAGAUUCGAUAUCGAUGAUUGGAUAUUUUUGCCCCUCCCUUGUGGAGCGACAAAGUAUUAUCGCCAAUGCAAUGCAAGCUGCAGCUCAUGCAUCUCCUGAAGGAGAAUAUACUUCCGAGUUUACGAAACUUUUGUUGGAUUACUGGCUGGAAACAUUUCAUUCGCAUCGAGAAGACUUGAACGUUAGCAAUGCGCGAAACAAGCAUCUAGUAGCAGCCAGUCGGAUUACUUGCAUAUUGGACAGUAUUGUAUCCAGCAUCCCUUAUUUGAAUGUCAACGCGUUAACGGAGAAGCAGCCACAACUUUUUUCGUUGCUCUUUUCUAUAUUUUCUAUUGACAUGCCAUCUUUGGUUCUCAGCUGUCACGCUAUCUUUCGAACAGGUAUGGCAAGUCACAAACAGCGUGCGGUAUUUUUACCCUUUGUUUUAUCCUAUUGGAAGCAAACCUUGUUGCAAUAUCCCAAAGUAUUAUCAGCUGUCGACCUGAUAUCCAGUUUGGAUGCGCUGCUUCAGUUAGAAACCCCAAGUGCGACGUUAUUUACCUUGAGUCAGCACGAGGACUCUGAUAGCAGCAAGCAUAGCUUUUCGACGAGUGAUAUUCUUUUUGGGUGUUUGAUCAGUUUAGCGGAUGAGAUCGACCAAAGAUGGAAAGAAACACAGCAAAGUCGCCCUCUAGCUAUUGCAAUGGCCCGCGGUUUGCUAAAGUGUCCUAUAUCUUCGUUGGACAUUGUUUUUCGAAGUUGGGAGUAUCUUUUGAAACGCAGAGAGUCUUCAGAGAAUACUUCAUUGUUGAGUUUACUGCGUCAAGUUGUUGAAGGUGUCGACGCUGUACGCAAACCAUAUUUGAUUCGAUGGUAUGUCAAUCUAUUGAAUCGAUAUGGGAAGAGUUGGAUGGAAAAAGGUGGAAAUUUAUAAAUGGAAGCAUUGACGCAAUCCAUUCAUGGUUUGAAAGGACUCGUGAUAACUGACCGAGACGGUGUCAUUAUAUACCAAAUAGAACGCUCACCUGGUGCUGCUACCCGUUGUGCAGAGUUUUCAACCGCGUUUUCUAGUGGUUUCGAUCAAACAGCAAAGUUAUCCGUGGGUGCUUUUAG